AUGGAGGCGAGGCUGGUCAGAACCCUGGUCAGCCAGUGCAAGAUGGAGGGUAUCGGGCAGCAGCCGCUGGGACGUGGAAAUACCCGAAAUACCGGUCCAAAACAAGGGCUUGAUGGGCCUGGAGAGGGAAUGGACGGCGGUAUCAUGGCACUCACACCCGGAGAGAUAUUUGAAAAGGGCAUCGAUGUCAUUUCCGCUCGGAAGGCCGCGACCGACGAUCCGCGACUCAUCCAAGAGCACGAGCAAAGAUUCUAG